ACUGACCCUCUCUAUGAGAGUAGCUGCUGUCCGUCGUCUACAGCACACUGCUUCACUUCUUUCAGACCACCAUCACCACACAAUGGCCUACUCCACCCGCCUCAUCGGCGCUGCCAACACCCUUGAGCACCGUGUCUACACGGAACAAAAUGGCAUCGUCCUUUCCCCCUUCCACGACAUCCCUCUCUUCGCGGAUGCCAGCAACGGGAUUUUGAACAUGGUCGUCGAAGUCCCCCGCUGGACCAACGCCAAGAUGGAGAUCUCGAAAGAGGAGCCAUUCAACCCCAUCAAGCAGGACAUCAAGAAGGGUCGUUUGAGGUUCGUGAGGAACUGUUUCCCCCACCAUGGGUAUAUCUGGAACUACGGUGCCUUCCCCCAGACCUGGGAAGACCCUAACCAGACGCACACCGAGACCAAGGCGAAGGGAGACAACGACCCGCUCGACGUGUGCGAGAUCGGUGAGCAGGUCGGGUACACCGGCCAGGUCAAGCAGGUCAAGGUCCUCGGGAUUAUGGCCCUGCUCGACGAGGGCGAGACGGACUGGAAGGUCAUCGUCGUCGAUGUGAACGACCCGCACGCGUCAAAGCUGAACGAUAUCGAGGAUGUCGAGAGGCAUUUCCCUGGACUGAUCAGGGCUACUAACGAGUGGUUCCGUAUCUACAAGAUCCCUGACGGAAAGCCCGAGAACGCAUUCGCUUUCUCUGGUGAGGCGAAGAACAAGAAGUACGCUACGGAGAUCAUCCAUGAAUGUCAUGAGGCGUGGCGCAAGCUCAUCACUGGCGAGACGCCUUCUAAGACGCCGUCCUACGAACUAUCGAUCACCAAUACCACCAUCGAGAACUCCCCUGGCUUCGUCCGCAGGAACGACCCCGCGUACACCAGCGUCCCCGCGGACUCCAGGAAGCCUCCGGCGCCCAUCGAUCCCUCCAUCUCCAAGUGGUUCUAUAUCUCUUCUGCUCAGAUCUGAGCACACGUAUCAAGUAUGGAUAGAAGACAAAGCCAAAAUAAAGUCAAUUAGGAAGCAUUUGCAUUAGCGUCGAUGAUAUAAAUACAGUAUGCGUCAAUGCUGCAAACAAAAUCA